GCCCUUAGGGAGAGUUGAACCUGACCAGGCAACCAAGAAAGAAUUAAGGACAAAGAGACAGCAAGAGAAGGAUGGAGAUGUGGGCAUUUUUCAUUGCUCUGCUGGUGGUUCUUCUGAUUCUGCACUACCUGAAACAGCUUUGGUCCCGCAGACAUUACCCUCCAGGACCUCUCCAGCUUCCUCUCGUUGGAGCCAUAUGGAGGUUUGCAUUCAAGAUUGAUGAAAAUACUCUUGUUCAGCUGGGAAAGCAACACGGAAAUAUUUUCACCCUAUGGAUAGGACAUCUACCCGUUGUAGUACUGUCUGGAUUCCAAGCAGUGAAAGAAGCUCUCAUUGACCACUCUGAAGAAUUUGAUGAGAGACCGCAGACUCCUUUCAUUAUGACUAUAGCUAAAGGAAAGGGUAUUGUAUUAUCAAAUGGUCACACCUGGAGGCAACAGAGACGCUUUGGUGUAGUUACUAUGCGAAAGCUGGGGCUGGGGAAUAAAGGCAUGGAGCACCAAGUAGCAGAGGAGGCCCAUCAGCUUGUGGAGGUUUUUGCACGUUCAAAGGGUCAACCACUUGACCCCUCCAUGCCCAUCACUAAUUCAGUCUCAAAUGUCAUAUGUGCUGUGGCUUUUGGGCACCGGUUUGCUCUUGAAGAUGAAAGGUUCCAGAAGCUGAUGGAAGCCGUGGAUAUUCUCCUAAAAUUUGCAUGUGGCUUCGUUCAUUCUCUUUAUGAAAUGCUCCCAUGGCUCAUGAAACAUCUCCCAGGGCCCCACAAGAAGGCCUUGUCCUGCACAGAGAUGGUGCUUUCAUUUGCAAAGGAGGAGAUAGAGAAGCAUAAGGAGAAUCAGUCUCUGCAUGAGCCACAGGAUCUCAUUGAUUUCUAUCUAUUUCAGAUGGAGAAAAGCAAGAAUGACCCAGAUUCCACCUAUAAUGAAGAAAACUUGGCUCAGUGCAUUUUUGACCUCUUUAUAGCAGGGACAGAGACAACCACCGGUUCUCUGAAAUGGGCCCUUCACCUCCUGGCAAGUCAUCCAGAUAUCCAGGAUAAAAUGCACAAGGAAAUAGAAGAUGUUUUAGGUUCUUCUCACUCAAUCUGCUAUCAAGAUAAGAAGAAACUGCCCUACAUCAAUGCUGUGAUUCAUGAAAUGCAGCGCUUUAGAUAUGUCCUUUUUUUUGGGUUGCCUAGGCAAUGUGCAAAGGAUGUGAAGCUGCGUGGUUUUCUCAUUCCCAAGGGGACUAUUAUUUUUCCUGAUCUGCGCUCUGUUCUUCUUGAUCCAACACGAUGGGAGACACCUGCAGAGUUCAACCCAAAUCAUUUCUUGGACAAGGAUGGACAAUAUGUGGCUAGAGAAGAGUAUUUGCCAUUUGGUGAAGGGGCUCGCAUUUGUUUGGGAAUGCAGCUGGCAAAGACUGAAAUAUUCAUCUUCCUGACCAGCCUGCUGAGGGCAUUCAGCUUCCAGCUGCCAGAAGGAGUCAAAGAACUCAGUAAAGAGGCAUCAUUAGGGGUUACAGCACAUCCCCAUCCUUAUAAACUCUGUGCAGUUCCCCGUUGCAACACAUAAGAAAAAAGGAAAAUAUUAGGGGCGGCACCCCUGCUUCCUCAGUGACCCCUUUGCCACUCCUGACACAUGAACACCCUAGCAUUUCCCCUUCCCUUCCCAUCCUAUCCCAUGCAACUACUGAUGUCUCUUUUCACCUUUGCCACUCCAUUUCUGAAGCCACUUCUCUCUUAUUUUCUGCAGCUCUGCUUUGCAUCCAUUUUCCCCUUCACCCCAUCUCCUCCCUUUCUUCGGGCCCUUUCAUGCCCCUGCUUUCACCUUCAUCCCUAUCCCCAUGCCUCCUUACUCCCUCCUCUUUGAUGACUUCCUUUGCAUCCCCAUUCUUACUCUCGCUCCCCUUCCCCCUAACUUUUCUCAAAUCUCCCUUACACACACAUUCCCACACCUCCUCCCCUCUCCCUCUUCUGCAGCCCCCUUCCAACACCCCCCCCCCAUGCGGAGAUAUUGAGAUAUGCUAUUGUAUCUUUGUGAGGUUUGGAGCUUUCAGGGUUAAAUAAGCUCAACAGUUCCCC